GCAGCGUCUUUCGCAUUACUGGUUGCGGCGAUUGAUUUUGGGACUACAUAUUCUGGUUGGGGAUUUUCGUUCAGACAUGAGUUUGAAAGUGAACCUACAAAGGUGUAUACGAAGAACUGGAUUGGUAGUCAGCUGUCCCAAAAAGGGCCAACGAGCAUUUUGAUAGAACCUGAUGGUCGGACACUUAAUAGUUUCGGAUUUGAAGCGGAAAAUAAAUACGCUGAUCUAGCGGCAAACCAGGAACACGAGGACUGGUAUUUCUUCGAACGGUUUAAAAUGAAGCUGUACGAAAACCAGAGACUUGGGAGAGGCAUGAUGUUGGAAGAUAUAAGUGGAAAGAAAAGUCUGCCAGCUAAAACAGUGUUCUCGCUGUCCAUAAAGUACAUGAAGGAUGAUGUUAUGAAGACUGUACAAGAUAAAACUUUUGGUUGUGGCACCAAGGAAGACGAAAUACAUUGGGUCAUUACUGUACCAGCUAUCUGGAAUGAUGCCGCGAAACAAUUCAUGAGGGAAGCUGCACAAGAGGCUGGUAUAUUAAAGCAUAAGUUGACUAUAGCUUUGGAACCGGAAGCAGCUAGUUUAUACUGUCGCCAUCUACCGGUCGUAAAACUCAGCAAUGAUAAAACUACGUUGUCUACGUUUGCAGUCGGAAAACGAUACCUUGUUUUGGAUGCAGGAGGUGGCACUGUGGAUAUCACAGUGCAUGAAGUUCUAAGUGGCGGAAAGCUUAAAGAACUGUUCAAGGCUAGUGGUGGUAACUGGGGAGGUACUAGAGUUGAUCAGGCUUUCAUCGACUUUCUGUCCGACGUUACAGGUCCGGAUGUAAUGUCGAAAUUCAAAGAAAACCAUAUAGAAGACUACAUUGACCUGUUGAGACAUUUUGAAGUUAAAAAGAGAGUUAUACACCCCAGCAGUGACUCUAAAGUAACAAUCAAUUUACCUCAAACGCUUGCCGACUUAGUGAAAGAAGUCAAAGAAGAAACAUUACAGGACAUUUUUGAUAAGACAGUUUUCUCAAAUCAGGUACGUGUACAAUGUGUUUGUAUGUUUUUCUUUGUGCCAAAGUUAUGUGUGUGUGUUCGGGUUUAACGUCUUUUUCAACAGUUUUUCAGUCAUAUAAACGACGGU